ACUAUUUUUUAGCCUAUUUCGAAGUGAUUUUCGUAAAUGGCUGAGGAAUCGAAAUCAAUAAGUCGAAAGGAAUGGCGAAAGCUCGUGAAGAAGUUACGCCGCAAGCGGAUUCGCCAGAAGUUGGCUGAAUUUCGAGACGGAGCAGCGGCAGAAUCUGUAGCCCGAAAACUGGCGGAGCCCACCUAUGUGGCUUAUCUUCGAGAGAAGGAACAACUCGAACAGGAAAUGCUGCAACGGCAAGAAGAGCGCAGUAGGUAUGAACAUGCCUUGUGGCUGGACCGGGAGAGACAAGCUCAGGCGGCGUUCCAAGAAAAACGGAAACGAUUGGAGGAGGAGCAACGGGAAGAGAUCGAAAAGCGUGAAAAGAUACGGAAGGAGUUCGCAGACCUAGAACGAAAAGUGAAGGAAGCAAAGGCGGAAAAAGAACGAUUAAUGGAGGAGUUCCGGAAGCAGCAGCAGGAACGGGAAAGGAUGUUUGCGGAGUUUCUGGUUGGUAUAGAUGAUCACGCUUUGACGCUUCGGGAGAUUGUACAUUCCAGGCCCGAUCGGGAUGCUUGCGUAUUUUUCGGGAAGGUUGGCGCUUGUCGAUACGGAGCACGAUGCUCGUCUAAUCAUCCGACACCUGGGCUCAGUGAGCUCCUUUUAGUACCAAACUUUUUCGCGCACCCCGCAUUGGAUCACCAGCAGCAUCCGGAAUAUGGCCUGGACUCAAGCAUAGAAUUCGAUGAUGACGAAUUAUACCGCUGUUAUAGUGAGUUCUUCCUAGAUAUCGUCGAAGAAUUUGAAUCGUUUGGUGCCAUCACCGGGAUAUUCGUUUGUCGAAACUACGAACCACAUUUGAGGGGAAACGUCUACGUACAAUACGCCAGCUUGAGGGCCGCGGCAAAAGCAUAUCAGCGAAUGAACGGUCGCUUCUACGCUUCCAAACAACUCCGGGUCGAGUUUCGGUCGCCUAUUGUCUGGACUUCAGCCGUUUGUGGUAAAUUGAACGAGAUUCCGUGUUGAAGGAUUACAUGUUUGAACUCAUUUACCAUUCAUAGGACUUUUUGAGAGGUCCCGAUGUCAGAAGGGCAAAUCUUGCAAUUACUUGCAUUUGCUGGUCAAUCCCAUUGCAAAGUACAGAUACAACCAUUUCAAGGAAUUGCAGUCUGCUAGGCAAUCGCAGAGGCAGUCGCAA